AUGGGAACUCUUAUUGAUCAACUCGUCAAUGAGCGCCUUGGCAAGCUCAAGAUCGAGAGAAUCAUGAUGGAAACUAUCAACGAUCUUCUUUUCAGCAAGGAGCACUUGGAUCUUACCCCGGACCUGAAUGCGGGCUUUACUGCGGGCUCGGAUGAUGCUGUCAAGUUUGUUGCUUUCCUCAAGGAGAAGGGCAUCCCCUUAACUAUGGAACGUCGCUUCAACAACCACCUCGGCAAGCUGUACCAUGAGUUCCGCUGCGCUAUCCCUGCCUUCAUGGAAUGUGCAAAGCGUUUUGCACUGAAGUAUGAUCAUACGAAGGCCAUUGCUUUAUAUCCCGAGCAGCUCCUUCUCAUCCUUGCUGUGGUCCGUUUCAAGCUGCGCCGCCCCAUGGCAGGCAAGGUGAGACUGGCACGAUCUGGCGAUGGCCAUGCCACGACACGACAGGCUUACAUGGUGCAGCGAUGGAUCAAUUUGAAAGGCACAAAGAUGGGGCAUUUCAUUGUCAUUGGCAAUAUCUGCACUGUCAAUUGGCAGGAGAUUUCCAAUGCUGAGCUGGAGGCAAAUGAACUGGGUGAUGAUGACACAGAAGCGGAGGAGGAUGAUGAGGAGCUUGAUAAUUAA